CAGGCAGAGUUGUGUAUCAUCAAUGCUUUCCAUUCACACUAUCCGGUAGCAAAACAUCGGCGAAUACUUCCCUGAGUAAUGGAUAUUUUUACCUCUAGUCAUAUUGGAUAAAGGGAAAACUUUCUGUCUUUUUUGUGAUCAAUAUGAGUUCUCACGUUAUCACCCCCGGACCUUACCGGGCCACAAAACUGUGGAAUGAGAUGACUCGUUUGUUUCGGGCUGGUAUGCCCCUCAGGAAACACCGGCAGAAUUUCCGGCACUACUCCUCCUGCUUCACCGCCUCAGCCGCGGUGGAGUGGAUGCACCAGCUGCUCUGUAGCAACAGCAAUUUUGGCCCCGAUGUCACCAGGCAGCAGACGGUGCAGCUCCUGAAGAAGUUUCUGAAGAACCAUGUGAUCGAAGACGUGAAGGGUCGCUGGGGCACAGAGGAUCUGGAGGACAACAACACUGUGUAUAGAUUCCCCUCCACUUCGCCUCUGAAGCCCAUUCCCCGUCCAUCUUCAGGCUCAGCCCCUGGCUCUGUUAAGAAAAGGCAUUCAUUCAUGGACAGGGAAGGUUUCUUCAAGUUUAGGAAUAUCAAGAAGCAGCAUGAGAAGGAGACACAGGAAAAUGUGGAUCCUGCCCUCCAAUCAGGUGGAGAGAAUCGGUCAAUAGGAGAGCAGCAGGUGCCAAGGCGAGAGCUGACGGUGGAGGAUGAACAGGAGAUCUGGAGAGACAUCACCCUGACCCACCUGCAAAGGAUUCUGGGCGUGGCAUCUCUUGAUGAGGUUUUAGACCAGCGUUAUGUAAACCCACAGAACAUCAUCCAUAAUGUGACCAAAGUCAACAAGCAUGGAGUGGUCACGCUGGACGACAAGACCAAUGACCUUCCACACUGGGUUCUGUCUGCCAUGAAGAGCCUGGCCAACUGGCCGAAGUACGACAGCGCACAGCCGUCCUAUCCCGGCUUUGAGAGAGAUGUCUUCAAAACAGUGUCAGAUUACUUCUACAGCCUUCCGCAGCCUGUACUCACAUACGAACUAUAUGAACUAUUUAUCAACGUCCUGGUGUUUUGUGGGUACGUUGCAGCGCCCACCACGACGCACCAACGUGGGAAACGCAAGAAGUUCGACCUCCCCUCAGUCCCCCCUCCAGUCAAGACAUCCUUCCGCUCCACCGAGUGUCUCCUCCUGUCGCUGCUCAGACAGGGGACAUGUGACGAGACGGAGUCGCCGAUGACAGAGGUGCUUGGUGGGAAGCUCCGGUCGCGGCUGGCAGCGCCGAAAGGAGGCUUUGAAAGUGCAGGCAAUGGUCAGUUAGGAGGCAGCUGCAUGAGUCUCAGUACAAUUAGUUCUACAAGGCCUCGAACCCGGAGUUCCUCACUUGAAACUAUCCUAGACGACUCUGCCCCUCUCAGCAGGCAACAGCUGUUCCUGUCCAAUGACAGCCUGGCAUCCUGCGCCUAUAGCAUCAGGAGCCAGGGUGACAGCGUUGCCAGCACAACACCCCACAGUCAUACAGACUUUCCAUCUGUAUCCAAAGCAACUCCAUUUACUUCAGGCUGUGCAACUAGAGAUAGACUGUCAGUCGCACAGAGGUCGCGCACCUUGCGGCCACGCAGCAUAGGCAGCUGUCUAGACAUUGUCAUAGAAACCAGGGAGGAAGAUGUCAAAGAGUCCAAGUGGCAGGGCCGCGCAGCCAGCUGCCUCAACGUGAACACUCCUGCAGACCAGCAUCACUCCUCCUCAGCUUCACGUCCUCCUUCGUUGCCCUCCUAUCCUCCCGCCUUUUCCUCCUAUGCUCCUUUCCCCUCCUUCUCUUCAUCUGCUUUGGCCAAAGUACAAGGGUCUCGUGCUACUACAGGACCUAGUGGGCCCAGAGCCGCCUCCAGUACCUCUAAUCUUUGGACGCUCCCCGCACCCGCUGUUGUCCGACGCUGCCUCAGCUCUCUGGAUGUGUCGAAGCCGUCUCGCACCGUUUCACUGUUCAAACUGCCAGUCUGUGUGCCUGCCCAACCCAAACCUGAGCACAGCGUUCUCCAGCCUCAGUGUGAGCGUGUGGCCAUCGAGGCCCUGCAGCUGUGCACCCUCCUCCUCCCCCCCAACUCCCGCAGGAAGCUGCAGCUCCUCAUGAGGAUGAUGUCGCGCAUCAGCCAGAACGUGGACAUGCCCCCUCUCCACUCCGCCAUCGGCACCCGAACACUGGUGGUUCACACGUUUUCAGGCUGCGUUCUGGGCAGUGCUGAGGAGUGUGAUUUGGACGAGCUGUUAGCUACCAGACUGGUGUCAUUUCUAAUGGACCAUCAAGAAAGCAUCCUCUCGGUCCCAGACUACCUGCACAGUGCUAUCAAUGACCACAUACAGUACCUGCGCACUGUACAGGUCCCGCUCGAUGGUGUUUCUAAUGUUGAUGGCGGAGAUGCAGUUUGCGUUCCGAUGCCCAUCUACGCCUUCUGCCGUCAGAUUAGCGGCGCUGAGUUUGAACAGCAAAAGCUGGAGUCUUCCCAGAAGGCCAUGGAGGAGUUGCUGGAGAUGCUGCUGACCAGCCAAAAUAUGAGUGAGAAGGACAGACGCAAGAAGCUGAAGCAGUUUCAGAAGCAGUACCCAGACAUCUACAGUCGCCGAUUCCCCUCCUCAGACAGGGACAGCAAGAGCGUCAACAAGCCAAAGAUUAAACCUCCGCUUCUCAACAUCAAGAAGACCAAAGCUUUCAGCAUCAGGAACUAAACUAACCAUACAGGUUGUCUCCAUUAUAGAAGCCACAGUCAUGUUGGCUGCACUGUAACUGCACUGAUACUAAGAGAUAUGGGAAAUCUCUUUGCAGCCAUUGUUACAUUGGUGUGUCUGUGUGUGUCUGUGUGUCUGUGUGUGCAGUUGCUCCUUUGAGCCGUUCACAUAGAUUUCUGUGUUUUAAAUAUAACGUGUUCAUGGGGUAGGAUAUUUUUUUUUUUUUUUUUGUAAAACAUGCUUUCUUGAUGGAUUUCUCUUUUUCCCCCUCACCAGUAUUUGCGUGUUCAGAUUGCAUUGUGGGAGUAAUAAAUAUGCAAUUCUAAGAUCACUGGUCCAUAUGGGAAUAAUUUGAUUAUAGAUUUCUUAAUAUAUAUGAAUGACGAUAUUGGGAGUAGUGCUAGAUAUGUCUUUGCUUGACUUGUUUAUUUCCAUGGUAACUGUUUUUAUAGACUUUACUAAACAUUUUAUGUCAUAGAAUCAAGUUUUACUUGAAAUGUUCUGUUAGUCAUGACGCUUUUCUCAAAAUGUUCAUUCUUGUUCUUUUUGAUUCUUUUCUUCAUCCUGUUGCUUUCAUUUGUGUGGUUUUCUUUUGGAAGCGUUUUUACGGUACCGUUUUAGGUUUUCUCAUCGGGGAUCUUUUGAUUUUUAGGAUCUCAGCUUUUUCAUAUACAACUCCAGUUAUUUUUAAAUGGAGCAUUUCCUAUCCAGUUUCUUUUAUUCCUUGCGUUUGUGUGUCUCAUCCCUGCUUCGUUUAUUGGAUACAGAAAUAUUUUGCACUGGAUUUAGGCAUUGUAAAUGGCCGGUAAGAUUAUGCCAACCAUCAGAAUAGUUAAUUUAUACAUAUUUAAUGCAUAUUAGACUCUAAAGAAGGUUUCACCAGACACCUGACAUACUUUGAGUAUAUGAUUGCUCCUUCUUAAAGGUACAACCUUGUGAAGUGUUUUUAUCAAGAAGUGAAGUUUCUAUUGGCUGUACCUAUCGCCUCUUAUAGGUAGUAAACAGAUAUAUCUUGUCAAGUGUCUGAGGAAAUGUCAAAUGUUUGACUCAAAGUUUCAAGCUGUUCUUUUUUAAUGUAUCUUAUAUGAAGUAUUAGUUCUACCAUGAUGUGUUUGUCUAUACCUCAAAUCAAAGUGUGUGUGUAUGCACUCAUUAGCAGAGUUUUUGGCAAUACUUUUGCAGAGGAGUGUUGUAUUGUACACAUACACCGUUGUACUCUUCCUCUACAUUGUUUACUAUGCAAAACCCCAGGAAAUAAAUCUGUUUAACUGUUCUAUUUAU